GGCGGAGGAGGAAUAGGCCGGGGCAGGUCGCGUUCGCUCGCUGCCUUCUUGCCUGGAGAGAGACGAGGGGGGAGGGGGGUGCGGCGAGCGGCUCCUCUCUCUGUCCUCCGCUCCGCUCGCGCCCCAGUGUAAUGAGGGUCACCCCCUCCCCCCAGCUGGCCCGGGAGGGGGCGCGGGGCACGGUUGAUGCGGGCACAGUAUGGAUCAGACUUGUGAAUUAUCUAGAAGAAAUUGUCUGCUGUCCUUUUCUAAUCCAGUGAAUAUAGAUGCCCCCGAAGACAAGGACAGCCCUUUCGGUAAUGGUCAAUCCAAUUUUUCUGAGCCACUUAAUGGGUGUACUAUGCAGUUACCGACUGCCAGUGGAACAUCCCAAAAUGCUUAUGGACAAGAUUCUCCGUCUUGUUACAUUCCACUGCGGAGACUACAGGAUUUGGCCUCCAUGAUCAAUGUAGAGUAUUUAAGUGGGUCUGCUGAUGGAUCAGAGUCCUUUCAAGACCCUGCAAAAAGUGAUUCAAGAGCUCAGUCGCCAAUUGUUUGCACUUCCUUGAGUCCUGGUGGUCCAACAGCACUUGCUAUGAAACAGGAGCCCACUUGUAAUAACUCCCCUGAACUCCAGUUAAGAGUAACAAAGACGACCAAGAAUGGCUUUCUGCACUUUGAGAAUUUUACUUGUGUGGACGAUGCAGAUGUAGAUUCUGAAAUGGACCCAGAACAGCCAGUCACAGAGGAUGAGAGUAUAGAGGAGAUCUUUGAGGAAACUCAGACCAAUGCCACCUGCAAUUAUGAGCCUAAAUCAGAAAAUGGUGUAGAAAUGGCCAUGGGAAGUGAACAAGACAGCAUGCCAGAGAGUAGACAUGGUGCAGUGGAACGCCCAUUUUUGCCAUUAGCUCCUCAAACUGAAAAACAGAAAAAUAAACAAAGAAGUGAAGUGGACGGAAGCAAUGAAAAGACAGCCCUCCUCCCAGCCCCCAUCUCACUAGGAGACACAAACAUUACCGUAGAAGAGCAAUUUAACUCAAUAAAUUUAUCUUUUCAGGAUGAUCCAGACUCCAGUACCAGUACAUUAGGAAACAUGCUAGAAUUACCUGGAACUUCAUCAUCAUCCACUUCACAGGAAUUGCCAUUUUGUCAACCGAAGAAAAAGUCUACACCACUGAAGUAUGAAGUUGGAGAUCUCAUUUGGGCAAAAUUCAAGAGACGCCCGUGGUGGCCCUGCAGGAUUUGUUCUGACCCAUUGAUUAAUACGCACUCAAAAAUGAAAGUUGCCAAUAGGAGGCCAUAUCGAGAAUACUACGUGGAGGCCUUUGGAGACCCUUCUGAAAAAGCCUGGGUGGCUGGAAAAGCAAUCGUCAUGUUUGAAGGCAGACAUCAAUUUGAAGAACUGCCUGUCCUUAGGAAAAGAGGGAAACAGAAAGAAAAAGGAUAUAGGCAUAAGGUUCCUCAGAAAAUUUUGAGUAAAUGGGAAGCCAGCGUUGGUCUUGCCGAACAAUAUGAUGUUCCCAAAGGAUCUAAGAACCAAAAAUGUGUCAGGAGCUCAAUCAAGUUAGACAGUGAGGAAGAUAUGCCGUUUGAGGACUGUCCAAAUGAUCGUGAUUCAGAACAUGACCUGUUGCUGAAUGGCUGCCUGAAGUCUCUGGCGUUUGAUACUGAGCAUUCUGCAGAUGAAAAGGAAAAGCCUUGUGCCAAGUCUCGAGUUAGAAAAAGCUCUGAUAGUAUAAAAAGGACUAGUGUGAAAAAGGGUCUAGUGCCAUUUGAAGCACAUAAGGAAGAACGGAGGGAGAAAAUUCCAGAGAACCUUGGCCUAGACUUUAUCUCUGGGGGUGUAUCUGAUAAACAGGCUUCUAAUGAACUUUCCAGGAUAGCAAACAGCCUCACAGGGUCUAGCACUGCAACAGGAAAUUUCCUCUUUUCUUCGUGUGGACAGAAUACUGCUAAGACAGAUUUUGAGAAUCCAAACUGUGAUUCAUUAUCAGGUUUGUCUGAGAGUGCUUUAAUCUCUAAACAUUCUGGAGAGAAAAAGAAACUCCAACCAGGCCAGGUCUGCAGCUCAAAAGUACAGCUCUGCUAUGUUGGAGCUGGUGAUGAGGAAAAGCGAAGUGAUUCUGUCAGUGUGUGUACCACAUCUGAUGAUGGCAGCAGUGAGCUGGAUCCUACAGAGCACAAUGCAGAAUUCCAGAACAGUGUCCUUGAAAUUACAGAUGCUUUUGAUAAAACAGAGAAUACUUUAUCUGUGCACAAAAAUGAAACAAAGUAUUCUAGAUAUCCUGCCACAAACAGGGUAAAAGAGAAACAGAAAUCCCUCAUUACUAAUUCACAUUCAGACCACUUAAUGGAUUCUACCAAGACAGUGGAGCCUGGAACUGCUGAGAUGUCUCAGGUCAAUCUUUCUGAUCUUAAAAUCGGUAUUCCUAUUCCCAAACCCCAACCAGAAUUUAGAAAUGAUGGUCUCACUACAAAAUUCAAUGCACCACCAGGCAUUCGUAAUGAAAACUCACUGACAAAGGUCGGGCUUGCAAAUCAAACUCUGUUACCUUUGAAAUGCAGACAGCCCAAGUUCCGAAGUAUAAAAUGCAAGCAUAAAGAAAGCCCAGCUGUUCCAGAAACCUCAGCUACGAGUGAGGACCUAAGUUUGAAAUGCUGUUCUUCUGAUACCAAUGGCUCUCCUUUGGCCAGCAUAUCCAAAAGUGGGAAAGGAGAGGGGCUAAAACUACUGAGCAAUAUGCAUGAGAAAACCAGAGACUCAAGUGACAUAGAAACAGCAGUGGUGAAGCACGUUCUGUCGGAAUUGAAGGAACUCUCGUACAGAUCAUUAAGUGAGGAUGUCAGUGAUUCUGGAACAUCAAAGUCAUCAAAGCCAUUACUGUUUUCUUCUGCUUCUAGUCAGAGUCAUAUACCAAUUGAACCAGAUUACAAGUUUAGCACAUUGCUAAUGAUGCUGAAAGAUAUGCAUGACAGUAAGACGAAGGAGCAGCGGUUGAUGACUGCUCAAAAUCUGCCUUCCUACCGCACUCCUGAGCGUGGGGAUUGUUCUUCUGGUAGCCCUGUAGGGACAUCAAAGGUUUUGGUGUUAGGAGGCUCCACACACAAUUCUGAAAAACCUGGAGAUAGCACUCAGGACUCAGCUCGUCUGAGUCCUGGUGGGGGUGACUCUGUGUUAUCUGGAGAAUUAUCUUCUCCCCUGUCCAGCUUAGCUUCUGACAAAAGAGAUCUCCCGGCUUGUGGUAAAAUUCGCUCUAACUGUAUCCCAAGGCGCAACUGUGGCCGAGCAAAGCCAUCAUCCAAAUUGAGAGAAACCAUUUCAGCCCAAAUGGCAAAACCUUCAGUAAACCCAAAAGCCUUAAAGACUGAGCGAAAGAGAAAGUUGAACCGCCUUCCAGCUGUGACACUUGCUACUAACAGACUGGGAAACAAAGAAAGUGAAGAAUCUGUGAAUGGCCCAUCAAGGGGUGGGGCUGAAGAUCCUGGUAAAGAAGAGCCUCUUCAACAAAUGGACCAUUUAAGAAAUGAAGACACCCAUUUUUCUGAUGUACAUUUUGAUAGCAAGGUUAAGCAAUCUGACCCUGAUAAAAUUCUUGAAAAAGAACCUUCUUUGGAGAACAAAAAAGGCUCAGAGCUGGGCUCUGAAAUGAACAUUGAGAAUGAUGAGCCCCAUGGUGUUAAUCAAGUGGUGCCUAAAAAACGGUGGCAGCGAUUAAACCAAAGGCGCCCUAAGCCUGGAAAACGUGCUAACAGAUUUAGGGAGAAAGAAAACUCUGAGGGUGCUUUUGGAGUCUUACUUCCUGGUGACCCCUUGCAGAAGGGCCGGGACGACUUCUUAGAACAAAGAGCGCCUCCUACAAGCAUACUUGAGGACUCGGCAGCAGAUCCCAAUCACAUCAGCCCCUCUGAACCAGUUGGGCCUCGACUGAGUGUUUGUGAUAAGUCCAGUGUCAGCAUGGGUGAUGUAGAAAAGGAGGCAGGAAUUCCUAGUUUGAUGCCACAGACCAAGCUCCCUGAGCCAGCUAUUCGGUCAGAGAAGAAACGCCUUAGGAAGCCAAGCAAGUGGCUUCUGGAAUAUACAGAGGAAUAUGAUCAGAUAUUUGCUCCUAAGAAAAAACAAAAGAAGGUACAGGAACAAGUGCAUAAGGUAAGUUCCCGCUGUGAAGACGAAAGCCUUCUUGCCCGAUGUCGAUCUAGUGCUCAGAACAAGCAGGUGGAUGAGAAUUCUUUGAUUUCAACUAAAGAAGAGCCUCCAGUUCUUGAAAGAGAGGCUCCAUUUUUGGAAGGGCCAUUGGCUCAGUCAGAUCUUGGAGUUGCACAUGCUGAGUUGCCACAGCUGACCUUGUCUGUUCCUGUGGCUCCAGAAGUCUCUCCACGGCCUACCCUUGAGUCUGAGGAAUUGCUUGUUAAGACACCAGGAAAUUAUGAAAGUAAGCGUCAAAGAAAACCAACUAAGAAACUUCUUGAAUCCAAUGAUUUAGACCCUGGAUUUAUGCCCAAGAAGGGCGAUCUUGGCCUUUCUAGAAAGUGCUUUGAAGCCGGUCACUUGGAGAAUGGCAUUGUUGAGUCACGGGCUACAUCUCAUUUGAGAGAGUUCGGUGGAGGCACUACCAAGAUAUUUGAUAAACCAAGGAAACGAAAGCGACAGAGGCACGUCACAGCCAGGGUGCACUAUAAAAAAGUGAAGAAGGAGGACUCGUCGAAAGAGACACCCAGCUCAGAGGGAGAACUGAUGAUUCACAGGACUGCUGCCAGCCCCAAGGAGAUUCUUGAAGAGGGUGUAGAACAUGAUCCUGGGAUGUCUGCAUCCAAAAAAUUGCAGGGUGAACGAGGUGGAGGAGCGGCACUCAAGGAGAAUGUUUGUCAGAACUGUGAGAAACUGGGUGAGCUGUUGCUAUGUGAGGCUCAGUGCUGUGGGGCUUUCCAUCUGGAGUGCCUUGGCCUAACCGAGAUGCCUCGAGGAAAAUUUAUCUGCAACGAGUGUCGCACAGGAAUCCAUACCUGUUUUGUAUGUAAGCAGAGUGGAGAAGAUGUGAAAAGGUGCCUUCUACCUUUAUGUGGGAAGUUUUACCAUGAAGAGUGCGUCCAGAAGUACCCUCCAACUGUCACACAGAACAAGGGCUUCAGGUGCCCCCUCCACAUCUGCAUAACCUGCCAUGCUGCUAAUCCAGCCAAUGUAUCUGCUUCUAAAGGUCGUCUGAUGCGCUGUGUCCGAUGUCCUGUAGCAUACCAUGCUAAUGACUUUUGUCUUGCUGCUGGUUCAAAAAUCCUUGCAUCUAAUAGUAUCAUCUGCCCUAACCACUUCACCCCUAGGCGGGGCUGCCGAAAUCAUGAGCAUGUUAAUGUCAGCUGGUGUUUUGUGUGCUCAGAAGGAGGCAGCCUUCUGUGCUGUGAUUCGUGCCCUGCUGCUUUUCAUCGUGAAUGCCUAAAUAUCGAUAUUCCUGAAGGAAACUGGUAUUGCAAUGACUGUAAGGCAGGCAAAAAACCACACUACAGGGAGAUUGUCUGGGUAAAAGUUGGUCGCUACAGGUGGUGGCCAGCUGAGAUCUGUCAUCCUCGAGCUGUUCCCUCUAACAUUGACAAAAUGAGGCAUGAUGUGGGAGAGUUCCCUGUUCUCUUCUUUGGGUCCAAUGACUAUCUGUGGACUCAUCAGGCUCGAGUCUUCCCUUACAUGGAAGGGGAUGUGAGCAGCAAGGAUAAGAUGGGGAAAGGAGUUGAUGGAACAUAUAAAAAAGCUCUUCAGGAAGCUGCAGCAAGAUUUGAAGAGCUAAAAGCCCAAAAAGAACUAAGACAGCUACAGGAAGAUCGAAAGAAUGACAAAAAGCCACCACCUUACAAACACAUAAAGGUGAACCGUCCUAUUGGCAGGGUACAGAUCUUCACUGCAGAUUUGUCAGAAAUUCCCCGUUGCAACUGUAAAGCUACUGACGAGAACCCCUGUGGAAUAGACUCAGAGUGCAUCAACCGGAUGCUCCUCUAUGAGUGCCAUCCUACAGUGUGUCCCGCUGGAGGACGCUGUCAGAACCAGUGCUUCAGCAAACGCCAGUAUCCAGAUGUGGAAAUUUUCCGGACAUUACAAAGGGGCUGGGGUCUCCGGACAAAAACAGAUAUUAAAAAGGGAGAAUUUGUGAAUGAAUAUGUGGGUGAGCUAAUAGAUGAAGAAGAAUGCAGAGCUCGAAUCCGCUAUGCACAAGAACAUGAUAUCACUAAUUUCUAUAUGCUCACACUAGAUAAAGAUCGAAUUAUUGAUGCUGGUCCUAAAGGAAACUAUGCUCGGUUCAUGAAUCACUGCUGCCAGCCUAACUGUGAGACACAGAAGUGGUCUGUGAACGGAGAUACCCGUGUUGGUCUUUUUGCUUUGAGUGACAUUAAAGCAGGCACUGAACUUACCUUCAAUUACAACCUAGAAUGUCUUGGGAAUGGAAAAACUGUCUGUAAAUGUGGAGCCCCGAACUGCAGUGGCUUCUUGGGUGUGAGGCCAAAGAAUCAACCCAUUGUCACAGAAGAAAAGUCAAGGAAAUUCAAGAGGAAGCCACAUGGGAAGCGCAGGAGCCAGGGUGAAGUCACCAAGGAAAGAGAGGAUGAGUGUUUCAGCUGUGGGGAUGCUGGUCAGCUCGUCUCCUGCAAGAAGCCAGGCUGCCCGAAAGUUUACCAUGCAGACUGUCUCAAUCUGACCAAGCGACCAGCAGGGAAGUGGGAGUGUCCUUGGCACCAGUGUGACGUGUGUGGGAAGGAAGCAGCCUCCUUCUGUGAGAUGUGCCCCAGCUCCUUUUGCAAGCAACAUCGGGAAGGGAUGCUUUUCAUUUCCAAACUCGAUGGGCGUCUGUCUUGUACUGAACAUGACCCCUGUGGGCCCAACCCUCUGGAACCAGGGGAGAUCCGUGAGUAUGUGCCUCCCACAGCCACGCUGCCUCCAAGCCCCGGCACUCAGCAGACAGAGCCUUCAUCAGAGAUGUCAACUCAGGGGCCCAAGAAGUCGGAUCAACCACCUACUGAUGCCACCCAGAUGCUGCCACUCUCCAAAAAAUCCCCAACAGGGACUUGUCAGAGAACACUGCUUCCUGAAAGGCCUCCUGAGAGAACUGACUCUAGUUCCCACCUUUUGGAUAGGAUCAGAGACCUUGCUGGGUCAGGGACCAAAUCCCAGUCCUUGGUAUCCAGCCAGAGACCACAGGAUAGGCCACCUGCUAAAGAAGGACCAAGGCCUCAGCCACCUGACAGAGCCUCUCCAGUGACCAGGCCAAGCUUCUCACCUUCAGUCGGCUCCCUGCCACUGGAAAGAUCUCUGAGAACGACUGACCCAAGGCUGGAUAAAUCCAUAGGUGCUGCCAGCCCAAAGUCCCAGGCAGUGGAGAAAACUCCAGCCCCCACUGGCCUGAGACUCUCAUCACCAGACAGGCUGCUAACCACCAACAGUCCCAAACCCCAGAUUUCUGACAGGCCCCCAGACAAGUCCCAUGCCUCUUUGACCCAGAGACUUCCACCACCUGAGAAAGUGCUAUCAGCUGUGGUCCAGUCUCUGGUAGCUAAAGAAAAAGCACUACGGCCUGUAGACCAGAACACGCAGUCAAAGCACAGGGCUGCGAUGGUGAUGGAUCUCAUAGACCUAACGCCUCGCCAGAAGGAGCGGGCUGCUUCUCCUCAGGAAGUCACACCACAUACUGAUGAGAAGACACCAGUGCUGGAGUCAAGCUCAUGGCCGUCUAGCAAAGGUCUGGGACAUAUGCCACGAGCUGUGGAGAAAAGCAGUGUGUCAGAUUCCCUCCAGACAGCUGGAAAAUCAGCAGCUCCUUCAGAACAUCCUUGGCAAGCUGUUAAAUCGCUCACCCAUGCCAGAUUUCUUUCUCCGCCUUCUGCCAAGGCUUUUUUAUAUGAAUCAGCAACUCAAGCCUCAGGAAGAACUCCUGUGGGAGCUGAGCAGACCCCAGGACCUCCCAGCCCAGCACCAGGCCUGGUUAAACAGGUGAAGCAGCUGUCUAGAGGACUCACUGCCAAGAGUGGGCAGUCCUUCAGGUCUCUUGGGAAGAUCUCAGCUUCCCUCCCCAAUGAAGAAAAGAAGUUGACAACUACAGAACAGAGUCCCUGGGGCCUAGGAAAAGCCUCACCAGGGGCAGGGCUUUGGCCGAUAGUGGCUGGACAAACACUAGCCCAGGCUUGCUGGUCUACUGGGGGCACACAAACUUUGACACAAACUUGCUGGUCUCUUGGAAGAGGGCAAGACCCCAAACCAGAAAAUGCAAUUCAAGCUCUUAACCAGGCUCCUUCUAGUCGCAAAUGUGCAGAGUCAGAACAGAAAUAAUACAGUCACAGAACCAGACAGGCUGUCCCCAGGGUACCAUUUGGGGAGGGAAAUAUUCGUUUCUUUUACCUUCUUGAAAAACAAACAUAUUCCCAACACUUCCACUGUUCUUCUUUCCUUAUAUCUCAGCACUCAGAACUUUUAUGACAUUAGCCCAUGGGGACUUGUGUUUUGUGAACCGUGUAUGGGAAGUCGCCCGGCCCCAGUCAGAGAGACAGACUUGAGUCUCUUUGCCCUAACUUUUGCAUAUGGUCAACUUAAAAUAAAAAGUCCACUCUGGAAUCAA